AACUUUUAAAAUUUCUCUUGUAAUUUUUCUGAAUUUUCUGUAUAUGUUUUAGUUUCUUCUUCAUUUCAGCCCCCACAACUUCCAUAAUUUUCAAGAUCUCUUUUAUGUAUUUACAUUUCUUUCCUGUAAUUCCCUCUUAAUUUUUAAAUCUUUUGACCCCACCCUUUUUGGAAGUUGCAGCUCUGUCCUUAACCAUACAUUUUUGGAACUGGAUUUCUCUGUAUUUGUCUUGUGGUCCAUCAGAACAUUAUUUUAGAUUGAAAAUCUCCCUGUGCACAGACGUAUUUCUAUUCCCUUAUAAGAUUAAUAAAUGGGUAGUUAGACAGAUUGACAGCUACUUAGAUUUAUCGCCAUAUUAGUUCCAAAAAGGGUUCAACGAAAAUUGGAUAUGAAUGGAAGGUUUGAAUUCAAGCUGCAACUCUAAGUCACCGCUACUGACAAAUGAUCAGAAGCGGCGCAGCGGUAGACUGAGUCGAAGCGACUCGGUUCGUAAACUCAGAGAUGAGUUCCUGGCAAGAUUACCUGAUAAGGUCCGGUCUGGCGUUGAUAUUGAAUCCCCCUUUCACGUUGAUCUCUCUAAGACCAAUGGGUUAACCAAAGAUGAGAAGGAAUACUAUGAAAGACAAUUCGCCACAUUAAAAUCCUUCCAGGAAGUUGAUUCUCUUGACACAGAUGAGGAUGCUAUCCUUGAAGAAGAGAAUGCAGAACAGCUGCAAGCUGAAAUGGCCAUGAAAAUAUCAAACUUUGCUAAUGUUUUACUUUUGGGACUAAAGAUGUAUGCUACAAUAAAGAGUGGAUCAAUAGCUAUUGCUGCAUCAACUUUAGAUUCUUUACUUGAUCUGAUGGCUGGUGGGAUCCUUUGGUUCACUCAUUUAUCUAUGAAAAGCAUAAAUAUUUACAAAUAUCCUAUUGGAAAAUUGAGGGUGCAGCCAGUGGGCAUUAUCAUCUUUGCUGCUAUCAUGGCUACACUUGGCUUUCAGAUAUUGGUACAGGCAGUUGAAGAACUAAUUAAAAAUGAGCCUACUUCAAAGAUGUCCUCCAAUCAGUUGCUGUGGUUGUACAUGAUCAUGAUUACUGCUACUCUAGUGAAGUUGGCUCUGUGGAUUUAUUGUAGAAGCUCAGGAAACGAUAUUGUUCGCGCCUAUGCCAAGGAUCACUACUUCGAUGUGAUAACAAACGUGGUAGGAUUAGUUUCAGCUGUUUUUGGUGAUAAGUUCUACUGGUGGAUAGAUCCUGUUGGGGCUAUCUUCCUUGCAGUAUACACAAUUACAAAUUGGUCUGCAACUGUUAUGGAAAAUGCAGUUUCGCUUGUUGGACAGUCAGCUCCUCCUCAAGUGCUGCAGAAACUGACUUAUCUUGUCACAAGGCAUCCGCAAGUUAAGCGAGUCGAUACUGUCCGAGCUUACACCUUUGGUGUUCUUUAUUUUGUAGAGGUUGACAUUGAACUCCCAGAGGAGUUGCCUUUAAAGGAAGCACACACAAUUGGAGAGACUUUGCAGGACAAGAUUGAGAAACUCCCAGAAGUUGAGCGUGCAUUUGUCCAUCUUGAUUUUGAGUGUGAACACAAACCAGAGCACUCUAUUCUCAGCAGGCUACCCAACAACAACUAGCUAUAUAUAUAUUUCUGUUAUUAUAAUGGUAAAUUUCACUAUAUACUGGUAAGUUUUGGCUUAAUAGUACUGUAGUAAUUUUCAGGGCUGUGAGAUUCCGAGCUUGAGUUCAGUUCUUAUAUCAUGCAUCGUCAAAUUUUGGGUUA